AUGGGUCAGCAUGACGGGAAAUCCAAAAUAUUUUCCAUCGGUUUGCUGCUGCUGACUCUGUGCUGCAGCCACGUCGCUGCUGCUAGUCUGAAGGAGCAUCUGGCCGAAUGCCUGGAGGACAAAGACUACGACGUCCUGCUGGAGACGCUGAAAAACGGCCUUCCACGCAUCAAUACCUCCAAUCAUGUCGUUAUUGUUGGGGCUGGCAUGGCCGGACUGACCGCGGCUAAACUGCUUCAAGAUGCUGGACACGAGGUGACCGUAGUGGAGGCCAGCGGCCGCGUUGGUGGGCGAGUGGAAACCUACAGGAACGAGAAGGAGGGCUGGUACGCCGAACUGGGAGCCAUGAGGAUCCCAAGUUUUCACCACAUCGUCCUCUGGUUCGUGGAGCAGUUGGGCCUGAAGCUGAGCAAGUUCACGAUGGACGACAACAACACAUAUUACCACGUCAACGGCGUGAAGAAAAGAACGUUUGCGGUCAAAGCGAACCCCGACAUCCUCCAGUUCAACGUGCAGGACAGUGAAAAGGGCCAUUCAGCCGAUCAGCUGCUGCAAGCAGCUCUGCAAAAAGUCAGAGAUGAAGUGGAAGCUCACGGCUGCAAGGCUGCGCUGCAAAAGUACGAUCAUUACUCUGUGAAGGAAUAUUUGAAAGAAGAAGGGAAUCUGAGCCUGGAGGCCAUCAGGAUGAUCGGGGAGCUUCUUAACGAACAGAGCAUGAUGUACACCGCCCUGACCGAGAUGAUCUACGACCAGACGGACAUCAGCGACAACGUCACGUACUAUGAGGUGACCGGUGGCUCGGACCUCCUGCCCAGAGCUUUUCUCACGUUGCUUCACGGUCCGAUUUUCCUGAACUCCAAGGUCCAGCGCAUCAGCCGGUCAAACGGAGGCGUCACCGUCUCCUACCAGGCGGACCAGGAGUCCUCUCUGCGCCACAUCGACGCCGACGCCGUCCUGGUGACGACCACCACCAAAGCAGCUCUGUACAUGGACUUCGACCCGCCGCUGUCCGUCCAGAAGAUGGACGCUCUGAGGUCGGUCCACUACGACAGCUCCACCAAAAUCCUCCUGACCUUCAGCCAGAGGUUCUGGGAGAAGGACGGCAUCAGAGGGGGGAAGAGCAUCACCGACCGGCCCACACGCUUCAUCUACUACCCGAGCCACGGUUUCCCAGGAAACGACUCCAUCGGCGUCCUCCUGGCCUCCUACACCUGGUCUGACGACUCCCUCCUCUUCCUCGGCGCCAGCGACGAAGAGCUGAAGGAGCUGGCUCUCAGAGACCUGGUCCUGCUGCACGGUGACAGGAUCCGGUCCCUCUGCACCGGCGUCCUGGUGAAGAAGUGGAGUCAGGAUCCGUUCAGCCACGGCGCCUUCGCUCUGUUCACGCCGUACCAGCACCUGGAGUACGCAGCGGAGCUGUUCAGGAGCGAAGGCCGAGUUCACUUCGCCGGAGAGCACACGGCCUUCUCGCACGCCUGGAUCGAGACGGCCAUGAAGUCGGCCAUCAGGGCCGCCGCCAACAUCAACAAGGAGGCCGUCAUGUUUUCAGACAGAUGCAGGGGGAGAGACGAGCUCUGAGGCCGGUUCGGUACAAAAUAAGAAUCAGAUUCUGUUCGUUUCUGAGUGAGAAACAUUUUGUAAUUUGUUUUAUUUGGGUUUUUGACUAGAUGCAUUUAUUGGUGAUUUAACAGGGAGACGUUAUGCUAGAGUAAAAAUAACUGUCUGUGUGAAGAAGACCUAUGAUGAAGGCCACAAAAAAAUAUUCUCACUUUAAUCUCAGACUUUUGUGGUUAAAGUCAGAAUUAUGAGGAAAAUGUAAAAGUUCUAAGAAAAAUGUUAGGAUUCUUUUUUUUCCAG